AUGAUUCAUAAUCGCCGAUUGCUUUUUACUACUUCCAAUCUCUACAAACUCACCCAUCAUUUUUCCUUUCUUUCUCGCCCUCAUUCCUUCGCUUCCCCAACACCCUUUUCCGCAAAGUUAACGUCUUUACAUUCUACAACUAGAUUCACCUCCACCUGGAGAACCCCAGGUUUGUUCAAAGAUUCCAACUUUUUAGGUCAAGUUAGUUUAUUAAGAUGUUACUGUAAUAAUAAUAGUGGUGGGUCAAAGGAAUGGACUGAGGAAAUUGAGUAUUUGGAUGAAUCUGGUAGUGUUAUUUAUAAGGGUAAGGGUGUUAGGUCUGUAGUGCCUGGGAUUGAUGAUCAUGUUAUGGUGGGUGAGGUUAAAAAGCCCUUUUUGAAUGCUUUAGCUGUGGCUAAAAUUGUUGAGGUUGUUAAGAGAUGGAAGUGGGGUCCAGAAUUGGAGACCCAAUUGGACAAACUUCAGUUUGUACCAAACAUGACUCAUAUUGCUCAGGCUUUGAAGGUUAUUAAUGAUGGUGAUGCUUGUUUGAGUUUGUUUAGGUGGUCUAAGAGACAAUCUUGGUAUUCGCCGAGUGAUGAUUGUUAUGUUAUGUUGUUUGAUGGUUUGAAUCAGCGGAGGGAUUUCGAUGGGAUACAGUCGUUGUUCGAUGAGAUGGUUGCUGAUUCUGGGAAUAGUGGGGUUUCGUUGGUUGUUUCGUGUAAUAGAGUGAUUCGGUACUUGGCUAAGGGUGAGAGAUUGGAAGUUGCUUUUUGUUGCUUUAAGAAAAUACAGGAUGGUGGUGGUGAGGUUGAUACCGAAACGUAUAAUUCGCUUAUUACUUUGUUUUUGAAUAAGGGUUUGCCUUAUAAGGCGUUUGAGAUAUAUGAGAGCAUGGAGAAAGCUAAUCGUAAAUUGGAUAGUUCGACUUAUGAAUUGAUGAUUCCGAAUUUGGCAAAGUCGGGCCGACUUGAUGCUGCUUUCAAACUCUUCCAAGAAAUGAAAGGAAGAGAUUUCCGGCCGGGUUUAAACAUCUUUGCAUCACUUGUUGAUUCAAUGGGGAAGGCAGGGAGGUUGGAUGGUGCGAUGAAAGUAUAUAUGGAGAUGCGAGGUUACGGAUACAGGCCGCCCCCUACCAUAUAUGUCUCUUUGAUUGAAUCCUAUGUGAAAUCUGGAAAGUUAGAAACCGCUCUGAGGCUUUGGGAUGAGAUGAAAUUAGCAGGGUUCAGGCCUAACUUUGGCUUGUAUACAUUGAUCAUUGAAUCUCAUGCAAAAUCAGGGAAGCUUGAUAUUGCUAUGUCUGCGUUUUCUGAUAUGGAGAAAGCUGGAUUUCUACCAACUCCAUCUACAUAUGCUUGUCUCUUGGAAAUGCAUGCUGCGUCUGGACAAAUCGAUCACGCCAUGAAGCUGUACAAUUCAAUGACUAAUGCAGGUUUAAGGCCUGGCCUAAGCACUUACACCGUUCUUUUAACUCUACUAGCUAAUAAGAAGCUGGUGGAUGUUGCUGCCAAGAUUCUACUUGAAAUGAAGGCCAUGGGAUAUUCCGUGGACGUGACAGCUAGUGAUGUUUUGAUGGUGUAUAUCAAGGAAGGUUCAGUUGAUCUUGCUUUGAGGUGGCUGCGUUUCAUGGGUUCGUCGGGGAUCAGAACCAAUAAUUUUAUAAUCAGGCAAUUGUUUGAGUCGUGCAUGAAGAAUGGGAUAUACGAGUCAGCGAAGCCUCUUCUUGAAACAUAUGUUAACUCUGCCGCCAAAGUUGAUUUGAUACUUUACACCUCAAUUUUAGCUCAUCUUGUUAGGUGCCAGGAAGAAGAGAAUGAGAGGCAUUUGAUGUCUAUCCUUAGCGCAACAAAGCAUAAGGCGCACUCGUUUAUGUGUGGACUUUUCACAGGUCCGGAACAGAGGGGACAACCAGUGUUGACUUUUGUAAGGGAUUUCUUUCAAAGUAUUGAUUAUGAAUUGGAGGAAGGUGCUGCAAAGUACUUUGUCAAUGUUCUUCUCAAUUACCUAGUUCUUAUGGGACAGAUAAAUCGAGCGCGGUGUGUUUGGAAGGUUGCUUAUGAGAAUAAACUUUUCCCAAAGGCUAUAGUUUUCGAUCAGCACAUUGCUUGGUCCCUUGACGUUAGAAACUUGUCGGUUGGAGCCGCGCUUAUAGCAUCAGUGCACACUCUUCACAGGUUUAGAAAACGUAUGCUGUAUUACGGUAUUGUCCCCAGACGGAUUAAAUUGGUGACAGGACCAACGUUAAAGAUUGUUAUUGCGCAGAUGUUAAGCUCAGUAGAGUCUCCGUUUGAGGUGAGUAAAGUGGUUCUUAGGGCGCCAGGAGAUUCGGUGAUGGAAUGGUUUAAGAAACCAAUAGUUCAGCAGUUUCUUCUGAAUGAAAUUCCAUCUAGGGCUGAUAUUUUGAUGCAUAAGCUGAACAUACUUUUCCCUAAUUCUGCACCUGAAAUCAGAUCUUUAUCCCCUCCUAAACCUCUAAUUGCAGGCAGGGCAAUGUAA